AUGCCAAAAGACGCGAAAUCAAGAGGAAUUAAAAAAGUUUCAGGAAAGCGGGUGAAAAAAGAUCCAGAUGCUCCUAAAAGAGGGUUGUCGGCCUAUAUGUUUUUCGCACAAGAAAACAGGGAAUUGGUAAAAACAGAGAACCCGGAUGCAACAUUUGGUCAGAUUGGUAAAAUUCUUGGUGAAAGAUGGAAGAAUUUGUCUUCUAAAGACAAACAGGUAAUAUUGUUAGAUUUAUGUAGUUUUUUUAAUGUGUAUAUAUAGCCAUAUGAAAAUAGAGCUAGAAAAGAUAAGGAACGAUUUGAAAAUGAGAAAUCUCAAUGGCGUGAUACUCAUGUGGCAUGUACGGCACAUGAUGAUGAAUAAUUGUGCUUUAUAUAGCAAUAUGAUUGUUUUUUAUUUGAUGAAUGGCAUGUUCGUAAGAUAUAAAUAUAUAUAUACAUUUCA